CAGGAAGGUUCUGAAGGGGGAAAACUUCAAACGAGCUGCCUCAGUGUGCCCCGAGGUGUGGGAGUUUGGUGUGCCCGGCCCCCGGCUGCAGGUGGGUGGGGAGGUGCUUGAGGCGGAGCACGGCUCACCUGGGCGAGGUGCGGCAGCGGCCAGCAGUCAGAGGACGUUGUCAGGAUGGCAAACUUCAAGGGCCACGCACUUCCAGGCAGUUUCUUCCUGGUCUUUGGGCUCUGGUGGUCUGUGAAAUACCCACUGAGGUACCUCAGCCAGAAAGCAAGCAAGAAGUCCCAAAAGAAUUACUGCUUCCAGCGAGUGGAUGCCAUUGAAGGAGGAGUUAAAAUCACCUUUGCUCUAAUAGGGAUGCUGGCAGAACAGUUCGUCCCCGAUGGGCCCCACUUGUACCUCUACAGCGGGGAGAAACGGGACUGGGUGAAGCUGAUGAACUGGCAGCACACCACCAUGUACCUCUUCUACGGCCUCUCUGGGGUGGUGGAUGUCUGCACCUACCUCUGCCCCAUGGUGCCACGGGGUCUGGACCGCCUGAUGCUAUCCGUGGCCGUGUUCGUUGAAGGUUGUCUCUUUUAUUACCACAUCCUCCACCGCCCCAUGCUGGAUCAGCACAUCCACUCCCUGCUGCUCAUCGCCAUCUUUUCGGGGGCCUGCAGCACCAUGAUGGAGGUCUUCCUCCGGGACAACAUCGUGCUGGAGAUGUUCAGAGCCGGCGUCACCAUCGUCCAGGGCACGUGGUUCUGGCAGGUCGGGGUCGUGCUGUUCCAGCCAUGGGGAGGUCCGAUGUGGGAUGAGAGCGACCACAACAACAUCAUGUUCCUCACCAUGUGCUUCUUCUGGCACUGGGCAGCUGCGGUGGUCAUCCUGGCUGUGAACUACAGCAUUGCUUAUAGCUGCAUGCAGCGGUGCAGGAGAGGCAGCGGAGAGCCCUACAUCAGCCUCGGGGUGCGGAAGCAGAAGGAUGACACGAGCUCCCAGGCUGCAUUCCUGAACGGGUCGGAUGAAGAGUGAGGGGGGUGCAAGCUCCUCCUGCAAACUGGUGAAGAAUCCGUUUUCCAGAAGAAAAGCACAAACAAAUCCUAACAAAAUGUUUAUGUCUUGGGGAGAGCAGAGAGGAGCUGCCCUUGUGCUGCUGGGAAUCCCGCUGUGUGCACAGCGGUCUCUGCCCUCUGCUGUACCCAGAUAGCACCAGCUCUGACACAAGCACUGAUUGCAGUGAUUUUAGCAACAAAAUGAAGUGCAGAAAUUGACUGCUAAGAGAUGGUUUUGGGGUCCCCAUCUCCAUAGAGAUGGAUGGCAUCCUUUGGCUUUCCCAACUCUCCGCCUGCCCAACCUGCUGUGACCCAAGGCAGGGAAGCUCCACGCUGGGGCCAGGUCCUCUGACACCCCCACACCACGGCAUCAUCCCAAGGAGGGAGAUGGAAGGAGUGAUGUGAGAUCAUGUCAAAUUUGCAACACCACAGCUUCAUUGUACGCAAUACGAAUUUUAUUGCCAAAGCUGUGAACUGAAGACAUUUUAAAAACAGUUUUCUAUUCACUUAAAUUCUCAAAGAGGGAAUAAAUAUGAAGCAAAAAUC